AUGUACUCCGGGAACAGCAGCAGCAGCGCCAGCAGCAGCCUGGCGCCCGGUCCGGGGCAGCAGGAGGACCUGCUCCUCUUCAGCCCCAGCACCUACGAGCUCCUGGCGCUGCUCAUCGCCACCAUCGGCAUCCUGGGCUUGUGCAACAACCUGCUGGUGCUGGUGCUGUACUACCGCUUCCAGCGGCUGCGCACCCCCACCAACCUUUUCCUGCUCAACAUCAGCCUCAGCGACCUGCUCGGCUCACUCUGCGGCGGGACCCUCACCUUCGUGUCCUGCCUCCGCAGCCGCUGGGUCUGGGACGCGCCCGGCUGCCUCUGGGACGGCUUCAGCAACAGCCUCUUCGGAAUUGUUUCCAUCAUGACCCUCACUGUUCUUGCCUACGAGCGCUACAUUCGAGUCGUUCAUGCAAAAGUGAUUGAUUUCUCUUGGUCCUGGAGGGCCAUCACCUACAUCUGGUUGUACUCAUUAGCUUGGACAGGAGCACCCCUUCUAGGCUGGAACAGAUACACACUGGAGAUACAUGGACUAGGUUGUUCAGUGGACUGGCAGUCAAAAAAACCCCGUGAUGCCUCCUUUGUGCUCUUUUUCUUUCUUGGUUGCCUAGUGGCACCUGUGGCGAUCAUGGUCUAUUGCUAUGGCCAUAUUCUAUAUACAAUACGAAUGCUUCGCUGUGUUGAAGAUUUUCAGACCAUUCAAGUGAUCAAACUCCUAAGAUAUGAAAAGAAAGUGGCUAAAAUGUGCUUUUUAAUGAUCUCCACAUUCCUUAUCUGUUGGAUGCCUUAUGCAGUGGUCUCCCUUUUAGUAGCUUCUGGCUACAGCAACCUUGUAACUCCAACAGUGGCUAUUAUCCCAUCUUUCUUUGCCAAAUCAAGCACUGCAUAUAAUCCAGUCAUCUACAUCUUCAUGAGCAGAAAGUUUCGACGAUGCCUUUUGCAGCUCUUGUGCUUUCGCUUGCUAAGAUUCCAGAGGACCGUGAAAGAAAUACCAGUGUUAGGGAAUGAAAAGCCAAUAAGACCAAUAGUUAUGUCCCAGAAAGCUGGGGUCAGACCAAAGAAGAAAGUGACUUUUAGCUCUUCCUCAAUCAUUUUUAUCAUCACUGGUGAUGACACCCAGCAAAUGGACAACAGCAGCAAACACACUGGCACGAAAGUAAAUGUGAUCCAAGUAAAGCCACUAUAGGGACUAAGCUACAACAUGUGUCAGAACCUGAAUGGACUUUAGCCAAUUAAACUGUUUGGUCAUCUUCUUUGAUGAUAGUGUAAUGAAGAAAGCACUGUCCUUCAGCUGCAAAAUACUGAAGCACUUCAGUGGAUGAAACUCUGAACAAUUUAAUCAUGGUAACCAUAUAGAAAUCUUUACACUUGUACCCAACAUGUUGCUGGACACUGAAUGUUUUAAAACAUGAUUAAUCAGCAUUCCUUGCGCCAUAGACUUACCUGGGAAAUGCGGGGAGUUUCAGAAGUAGGACUUGGGUUUGCUGACUAGAACCUGAU